UAUAUAAACCCAUUCCCGGUAUUAGGUCAACCCAUCAAGUCAUAACACAUGCAAACACUAAACACAGCAAAUUACAAAUCAGAUGUCUAUCCUGCUACGAGUGUAUGAAUUGUAUCAUGGGAAAAAUAAGCCGGUGUAAAAACAUGCACAUUACUGGACAGACUACUUUUCUUCAGCCUGAAGCAGACGGCACUUUAAAUGGUAAUACGUCGCUUGUAGCUGAAGAACCGUCUACGGUGGAACUUAUUCAGGAGGGAAUGAUCUUUGCUGCACUGUGCGAUGACGAAGACUAUGAUUAUUACCUCGUGAGAGCAGAUACAUCUGCUUUUGUGCUCGGAAAACGUACCACUGAUGAAUGGGGAACAACAUGGCCACAAGGAACGCCUGUAAUACGAGGGCAUUACUAUAUAAAGUCUGGAAAUAAUCCCCUGCUCAAUACCUUGCUAUGCAAAAACUAUGCAUUAAUUCCAGCAGUUUCAGUUUUGUACAUAAUUGAAGGGGGGAAGAAUAAAAAUAAACUAAAAUUGAAUGAAAAUGACCAUCUUUCAAUUUUGAAAGUUUUGGAGGAACGGGAUGCUACAAUAUAAACAAUGUAAAUGCAUAUAAAUCCACUCUUAAUGUUUUAUACGAAGCUAAAAUUGUUGUUGUUGUGGCUUGUAUUUAAUAUGAUGUUAUAUAAAUA